GUGUGCAAGGAUCAGUUCCGGAAUUAUCAUUAUACUAGGAAAGUGUAAGAGAAAGAUCAGGAUCAAGGUCAAGGUCAGAAAAGGUAUCAAGGUGAGCUGACAAAAUGAAGACGAAAAACAGGUCGUUGUUCAGCAGAAUAUGCAGGUGUUACAGCAAGAAAGAAACAUUAGAUAUACGGAGAUAUUCGAGAAGAGAUUCUGAAACGUCUUAUCGGGAUCCGGAAAUGUAUUUAAAUCCGACAGAUGAGAUACGAGAUGCCUGCAAGGACCUCGUUCUAUCAGAUGACCAGCUCCGGCUGGUCAUGCAGAAGCUCACCGACGAGAUCAACAAGGGUCUGUCGAGGGAAACUCACGACGAUGCGAUCGUCAAAUGUUUCACCACCUACGUGCAAGAUCUGCCGAAUGGCACAGAAAAGGGCAACUUCCUGGCGUUGGACUUGGGUGGUACAAAUUUUAGAGUGUUGCUAAUCACAUUGGACCGUCAGAAUUUUGAUAUGAAGAGCAAGAUCUAUGCGAUACCCCAGAGUUUGAUGUUGGGAACCGGUACUCAGCUGUUCGAUCACAUUGCUCAGUGUUUGGCGUUGUUCGUAAAGGACCUGAACUUGCAGAACGAGGUACUACCAUUAGGCUUCACCUUCAGUUUUCCCCUGACCCAACACGGAUUGACGGAAGGCCACCUGGUGAGGUGGACCAAGGGCUUCAAUUGUAGCGGUGUAAUCGGUGAAGAUGUCGUUGCCCUUCUCGAAGACGCAAUUAGUAGAAGAAGAGACGUUAAAAUCGACGUAUGUGCAAUCUUAAAUGAUACCACCGGCACUUUAAUGUCAUGUGCUUGGAAAAAUCGAAACUGUCGAAUCGGUUUAAUCGUCGGUACUGGAAGCAACGCCUGUUACGUCGAAAAAACAAAAAACGUACAAUGUGCGAUUCCAGGCAACUAUAGUCCAAGCAAAUCUGAUAUGCUCAUAAACACAGAAUGGGGCGCAUUUGGCGAACAAGGUAUACUAGAUUUUGUGACAACCGAAUUUGAUCGUGCCAUAGAUGAAAAUUCGAUCAAUCCUAAUAAGCAGCUGUUUGAGAAAAUGAUCUCGGGUAUGUAUAUGGGUGAAUUAACAAGACUGGUUCUUGAGAAGUUGGUGAACGCUGGCCUUCUCUUUGGCGGCAAAUGUCCCAAUGAUCUUAGAAAACGCGGCAAAUUUUUCACGAAAUACGUCUCCGAGAUUGAAAACGAUCCUAAAGGUAGAUAUACGAGUUGCCGGGAUGUAUUAGCUGAGCUAGGAAUGCGGAAUGUGAGUGAUCAGGAUUGUGAGAAUGUGAGAUAUGUAUGCUCAGUGGUGUCGAGGAGAGCUGCGCAUCUGGUCAGCGCGGGAAUAGCGGCGUUGCUAAACAAAAUAGGGGAGAAUAAUGUCACAGUGGGCAUUGACGGAUCGGUAUACCGAUUCCACCCACACUUCCACGAUCUCAUGACGGCGAAAAUCAGUGAACUUCAAAACCACAAGUUUGAUUUGAUGCUCUCGGAGGAUGGUAGCGGCCGUGGCGCUGCUCUAGUCGCUGCAGUGGCGUCGCAGAGGCGGUGAAGACGCGGUUAUCGGUAGCGAGUUAGCUGCAAUUCAAUUAUGUGUAAUAUAAAAUCGAACGACGGUAUGAGAGAGCUGACUAGAGUGAACGAGUGAACGAGUGAAAGCGAUCGAGUAUGGAAAAGAAAUUUGGAAUCUUUUUUUCUUUUGUUCGUUUCAGCUGCACUUUUUACACUCUCUCUGUCUUCUUCCUUCUUUUAAGACCGUUUUAGAUCAUUCUACAGGCUUCUUUGAAGCCUGUAUAGUUUGUCAGUUAGGAAAAGGACCCAUAUAGAUGUAAUCAAGUAUCGAAAAUUAGAUUAUGGGUUCGUUUUUGAUAAAAGAAAAAAGAUUUUGAAGUAACAUGCAUUAGCACGUGUGUUACCUGCCUUGUUUUAAAAAUUUGUAGAAAGAUGUAAGAGAGUGCAGUUUAAAAGAAAUGAACGGAAUUCAAAACAAAAUUGCGCGAUGAAUAUUUCUUGUACAUAGAGCACAAAAACAGUAACUUACAAUUAGCGGAUUAGAAGACGGUGAUUACUUAGUUAAUGUUCUUGCCAGAAAAACCAAGAACAUCCUUCCUGCGGCGAUCCAGUACGACGAUCGCUAUUUAGCGUGAUUCGCAUAUCCACUCGUUAGCGUAAAUGAUUAAUCUCGCGAUUCUGCGAGGAAAAAUUAGUGAGAGAGAGUUAAAUAUAUUUGAAUAAAAUGAGAAAAUUACCGGAUAUAUUAUAGUACACCGGUAAGAAGAAAUAUCGAGUGGCCGUGUCAAUUGUUGAUUGUUAAUAAAAAUAUUGAUGAGUGUAAACAAAUUAAAUCGAGGAUAAAUAGAUGAUAGCGAUUGUCAGAACAAAGAUUAAUUCGAGAAUAAACAGUUUUUCAUCGAUAUUCAAGUACUACUUCAGUUAACCCUUUCAUUUUAUUACACAUUGU